AUGGUUUUGGCCAACAAAUUGAACACAUGGAGCAAGCUCCAACAAUACUACGACUCCGAGGGUAAGAACAUUGUCAUCAAGGAGCAAUUCGAAAAGGAUCCCAAGCGUUUCGAAAAGUAUCAUCGCGUCUUUAAGGGUACUGACAAGACCAACACCUCCAUUUUGUUUGAUUUCUCCAAGAAUCGUGUUACUGAUGAGACUCUUCAACUCUUGCUCGAGUUGGCCAAGGAAGCCAAUGUUGAGGAAAUGCGCAACAAGAUGUUUGCUGGUGAGCACAUUAACUUUACUGAAGACCGUGCUGUUCUCCAUGUCGCCCUCCGUAACCUCUCUGAUAAGCCCAUCUAUGACAAUGGUGAAGAUGUCAUGCCUGAGGUCCGUGAAGUCCUUGCUCACAUGAAGGAGUUCUCUGAAUCUGUCCGCUCUGGUGAAUGGAAGGGUUAUACUGGUAAGCGUAUCACUGAUAUUGUCAACAUUGGUAUUGGUGGUUCAGAUCUCGGUCCUGUCAUGGUUACUGAAGCCUUGAAGCCCUAUGCUCAAGAGGGUUUGAAUCCCCACUACGUUUCCAACAUUGAUGGUACUCAUCUUGCCGAGGUCCUCAAGUCUGUCAACCCCGAGACCACCCUCUUCAUCAUUGCCUCCAAGACCUUCACCACUCAAGAAACUAUCACCAAUGCUGAGUCUGCUAAAUCUUGGUUCCUCGAUGCCGCUAAAGAUGCCAGCCAUGUUGCUAAGCACUUUGUUGCCUUGUCCACCAACACUGAAUUGGUCACCAAGUUUGGUAUUGAUGCUAAGAACAUGUUCAAGUUCUGGGAUUGGGUUGGUGGUCGUUACUCUCUCUGGUCUGCUAUCGGUCUCUCCAUUGCUAUCACCAUUGGCUAUCAAAACUUUGAAGAUCUUCUCCGUGGUGGUCAUGAAAUGGAUCAACAUUUCGUCAACACUCCUCUUGAGAACAACAUUCCCGUCUUGAUGGCUCUCGUUGGCGUUUGGUACAACAACUUCUUUGGUGCUCAAACUGAGGCUAUCCUCCCUUAUGAUCAAUACAUGCACCGUUUCCCUGCUUAUUUCCAACAGGGUAACAUGGAGUCCAAUGGCAAGUACGUCUCUCGCUCUGGUGAAGAGGUCCAAGCUCAAACUGGUCCCAUCAUCUGGGGUGAGCCUGGUACCAACGGUCAACACGCCUUCUAUCAACUCAUCCAUCAAGGUACCAAGAUGAUUCCUUGUGAUUUCCUUGCCCCCGUCGAGACUUUCAAUCCUAUCAGUAAGGGUGUUCACCACGACAUUUUGUUGUCCAACUUUUUUGCUCAAACUGAAGCUUUGAUGGUUGGUAAGAACGAGCAACAAGUUCGUGCCGAGAUGGGUGCCAACGUCCAAGAGAACAUUGUCCCCCACAAGGUCUUCAAGGGUAACAAGCCUACCAACUCUUUCUUGUUCCAAAAGUUGACUCCUGCUACUCUUGGUUCUCUCAUUGCCAUGUAUGAACACAAGAUUUUCGUUCAAGGUGCCAUCUGGGAUAUCAACUCUUACGAUCAAUGGGGUGUUGAGCUCGGUAAGCAACUGGCCAAGGCCAUUUUGCCUGAAUUGACUAGCUCUGGUCGUGUCGAAUCUCAUGAUGCUUCUACCAAUGGUCUCAUCAACUAUUACAAGGACCACAAGAAGCAUUAUUAA